ACCCCAUCACCCACCACCCCUGCCUGCAGCAACCAGCAAAGCCUCUUUGAUUCUCUUUUUUCAUUUUCAUCUCACCCUCCCAUUCUAAAAACCCAUUUCCUCUUCACAUAAACAAAACCCCUAAUAAUUCCCAUGAUUCCCAACUUCAACAUAAUCCUUAUUAAAUUAAACCCGUGAAUUUAAUUUCUUUUCUUUUCUUUUCUUUUUUUGAUAUCUAUACUAUAAUCUAUCACAUCAAAAUAAAAAAGAAACUAAAAAAUUUAAAAAAGUGGUCAUUCCCAGUUCCCAGUUCCCAGUUCCAGCAAAGGAACACAGUUGGGUUGGGUUGGGUUGUGUGUAUUAUAGUGGAAGCGGUUCGAGAGAGAGAGAGUAAAGAAAGAAGAGAGAGAGAGAGAAAGAGAGAAAUGCCAAGUGUGGCUGUGAAGCUCUACAGCGUCUUCUUCAAGUUCCUCUUGAAGCACCGUUUACAGAACCGGAUUCAGGCACCGCCCGAACACUCCGACGCCUUUGGAGUUACCACCCGACCCGAAGAGUCCGUCGCCGCCGCCAACCCUUCUUUCACCGACGGCGUCGCUACCAAGGACAUCCACAUCGACCCCUUCACUUCCCUCUCUAUCCGAAUCUUCCUUCCCGAAUCGGCACUGACUCCUCCCGAACCUCGUUCCAACCCUAACCACAACAACGCUGCUCGCAAACCUAGGUCCGAUCAUGGAUCUGCAUCCACGCGCGACUCGAACUCGCUUCCAUCGCGCCGCAACAGCUAUGAACCCUCCACUGUUAUGCACAGGGAGGAAUCGAUGCGAAGGAACAGUGCCGGAAACGGCGUGGUUGAGGGUUUGAACUUAAUGUCCAACGGCGUUUACCGGGGAUACUCGCCGGCAGGGGACAAUAGGCGGAAACUUCCGGUGAUGCUGCAGUUCCACGGCGGCGGUUGGGUGAGCGGGAGUAAUGAUUCUGUUGCCAACGAUAUGUUCUGUCGGCGGAUCGCGAAGCUCUGCGAUGUGAUCGUGGUGGCUGUUGGGUACAGGCUGGCACCGGAGAAUCGGUAUCCGGCGGCGUUUGAGGACGGGAUGAAAGUGAUGACUUGGUUAGCCAAGCAGGCGAAUUUAGCGGAAUGUAGCAAGUCGAUGGGGGUUGGGAAGGUUGGUAGUGGAGGAGGAAUUGGUGGUGUCGGCGGCGGUGUUGGUGGGAUUGAGUUCAAGAAACCAGAUGCUCAUAGGCAUAUAGUUGAUUCAUUUGGAGCUUCGAUUGUUGAGCCGUGGUUGGCUGCUCAUGGAGAUCCAUCAAGGUGUAUUCUUCUUGGCGCAAGUUGUGGUGCAAAUAUUGCAGACUAUGUGACUCGAAAAGCUGUGGAAGGAGGCAAACUUCUGGACCCAGUCAAGGUGGUAGCACAGGUCUUGCUGUAUCCAUUUUUCGUUGGAAGUGUGCCCACACAUUCUGAAAUAAAGUUAGCAAACUCCUACUUUUAUGACAAACCUAUGUGUAUGCUUGCGUGGAAACUUUUCCUACCAGAGGAGGAAUUUGGUUUGGACCAUCCAGCCGCUAAUCCCUUAAUCUCGGGACGAGGUCCUCCUUUAAAGCUAAUGCCUCCAACAUUGACAGUGGUGGCAGAACACGACUGGAUGAGAGAUCGUGCCAUUGCUUACUCAGAGGAGCUCCGGAAGGUGAAUGUUGAUGCACCUGUGCUUGAAUACAAGGAUGCAGUGCAUGAAUUUGCGACACUUGAUGUACUUAUUAAAAGCCCUCAGGCCCAGGUUUGUGCUGAGGACAUUGCUAUCUGGGUCAAGAAGUAUAUUUCACGUAGAGGUCAUGAAUUCUCUUACUGAGUAGGAUAUAAAAAAUUAAGAUGAUCACGAAGGGUGGGAUCUUUUCCGGUAAGUUUCAAAUCAGCUCAGAUCACUGUGUUGCUGCUGUUACCUUGGGGAUCUGUGAUAUAUUACUUGAUUCAUUUUGAUGCUUGAUAAGGUGUUAGAUGUACAUUGGUUCGAUGUUUUGCCACCUUCUACUUCUUUUUUUGUAAGAUAGUGUUUGUCAAAGGUAGGAUUAGUUGAGCUAGGGAGAUACAUUCUCUUCAUGCAUAUGAAAAUUGGAUGUACCUGUGCCAUUUUUUCCUGUGUAUUAUGUACUAUUUCUCAUGAAAAUAUAUAAAUUUUUAAUGAACA